AUGCCCAAUAUCACAGAGGGCGAUGGAGAAGCGCUGCAGCUCCCUUCUUCAUUGGAUAUCAAUCCUCUUCAGCUUUUUGAUAUUGCCAAGUCUGAAGGCAGGCCAUUAUAUACUUCUGCUCCUAUGGUCAGGUAUAGUAAGCUGGCAUUCCGAGAAACUGUAGCCCGGUAUGGAACGGAUUUGACUUGGACGCCUAUGAUCCUGGCAAAAGAGUUCAAUCGUUCUCUCUUUGCACGUGAUAGUGCAGCCGCUGGUAUUGCUUUUCUCUCUCUUGCCAGUCUGAUAUCUGCCGCAGACUUCACCACAUCUCCCACGGCGCCGCCAACAAUCGUCCAGUUCGGCUGCAACUCACCAGAUGAGAUUUCCCGCGCAACUACCCUACUCGCCCCGUAUGUCAACGGCAUCGAUAUUAACUGCGGGUGUCCGCAAUCAUGGGCGUGUGCAGAAACCCUCGGUGCCGCCUUGAUGCACAAGCGGGAGUUGGUAGCAUCCAUGGUCACAGCAGCAAAGAACACACUUGCUUCCCUCGGGUACUCAGACAAGAAAACGGUCUCGGUAAAGAUCCGCAUUCACAAAGACCUCCGCCAAACCAGCGACUUCAUCAGGACCGUCGAAGCAGCCGGCGUAGAUUUCAUCACCAUCCACGGGCGCACGAGGAGCACGCCCUCGCACCAGCCCGUAGAUCUCAACGCAAUCGCCCUCCUCACAGCACACACGACGGUGCCGACUCUCUCCAACGGCGAUGUAUUUUCUCUGGCAGACGCACACGAACAUGUGGAGGCUACGGGUGUCGACGGUGUGAUGAGCGCACGGGGCAUUCUUGAGAACCCCGCGCUUUUCUUCUCCACAGCGCACUCCGCAUCCACAUCCACAUAUGAGGGGUGCAGUUGGGGGGUUGUGGAGACGUUUGUGAAUAAUGCGAUAAGAGCGCCAAUCCCUUUCAAGUUGAUUGUGCAUCAUUUGAGUCAGAUGUGUGGGAGCGAUCACUCGCAGAGUGGGAAAACGCUGCUGACGAAGGAGCAGAGGGGACGGUUGAUGGCGUGUAAGGGGUUGGGGGAAGUGAUUGAUUUGUUGGAUGAGGUGCGUGAAAUGGAAGGGGGGUUGAGAAGAUAUUGA